CGUUCCUUUCCGCCCUUCCCCUUCCCCUCCCCCCUUUCUCUUCCCCGCCCCCACCGCUGAGGCGCAGCGUCUCCCCUCCCGCCCGACGCAGCCACCGGCCAGCAUCCUUGGUUUUUCCCCUUUCCGCAGCCCCCCUCCCCCGCUCCCCGUGCCCGCCUUUCUCUUCACUUUUCUAUCCUACUAUUUUUGUAAUGGCCGAGGAGCGGAAACCCACUUCUCCCACAUCCGGCCCGGCCCCGCUGCAGAGAGGAAAGGCAUGUCUGCGCUGUCGGAAGCGAAAGAUGCGCUGCGACGGGUCGAAGCCCGCCUGUGCCCAGUGCAUCCGCGCAAAGAAGGGCGACGUCUGUGAAUAUGACGACGGCAAAGGCAAGACAAGAACGCAGAUCAUGCGCGAACACAUCGCCCGCCUCGAGAUGCGCGUCCGCGAGCUCGAGAACCCAGAGCAGUCCGCCCCAUCCAUGACCCUCUUCGACCCCCACGCCCUCUCCCCCUACUACUCAGAGUCCUCGUCAUCCUCAAGCUACGAUUCUCCGGGAAAGCUCACCUACUCUGCCUCCGCUUCCCCGAUCCCGUUCCCCAUUGGUGAGCAGGACCCACGCAGUAUGCUGAGCCCCUUGAGCGUCACUACGCCUGAUGUCGACCCUGCAACAUGGGAGUCACUCAACUUUGUCGGACUGUCUACCGUUCACGGAGUAAACAGCUACAACGGCAUGGAAGCGCCACCCCUCGAUCACAUACUCUUGGAAAUCUUCAUCCCUCAUCGCCAGCAGUGCGGACUUGACAUCCACGUCGGCCGUCUAAGAGAUUCCCUGAACUUGCCACCAGCAGAACAGCGCCAUCCUGUCCUCAUGAACGCCAUCUAUCUCUGGGCGUGCUACCUCUCCCGCCCUGGUUCUCUCAGCCAAUACGAGCAGCUCUACUUGUCACGUACCAUGGCUUCACUAGGAGACGCCAUGCAGCUUUCGUCAAGAGUGGUGGAUCUCAUCCAGGCCUGCUGCCUGCUUUCGCUGUACUACUUGUCCAACGGCCGCUUUCUGGAGGGUAGCUACUACUCCGCCGCCGCUUCCACGUUGGCCGUACAGUGCCGUCUGCAUCAGAUAGGAGUUGCACCUCAGUCGAUGAACAUGGAUAUUUGGGAUGCGACGUUCGACCUUCCCCCGCCUCAGGAUAACAUCGAGCGGGGUGAGAGAAUCACGACGUUCUGGCAAGUUUACAACCUGGACCGGUGCUGGUCCGUCGUACUGCGGAGGCCAGCCACGCUUCCUGACAGCGAUCACCCCCUGGCUUCUAUUACCACCCCUUGGCCGCAGCGCAUUGAAGACUACGAGAACGAGGACCUUGACGUGGGCGGCGGCUCGCCCACCAUCCGUGGCUUCUUUGUUCAGCAGGGGCAGUCGAGCACGCUCAGCGGGUUUUCCACCGUCGCGCUGCGAGUGAAGGCGUCGGCGCUCUUCGAAGGCGCCAACCGUCUGUCAUCAAGCUGGAGCCCUCGAUCCCUUGCGUCGGGUUCAUUCUCUGAGAACUUUACGGCGUUCGAGCAUAGCAUCAUGCGUUUCACGACGACUCUCCUCCCUCUGCACCAAGUGGGGGGCGCGAUCCCUGACGACAAGUACGCGCUCAUCGUGAUCCAUAGUCUGGCGCACGCCUCCAUGAUCCGCCUCCACGCGCCGUUCAUGCGCGACGAUGGCGUCUCGCGUGAGAAGUCCCUGCGCGCGGCACGCUCGUUGAUUCAUGUCACGAAGCUCGUCACGGACGCCGACUUCGAGUUCCUUGAUCCUGUCAUUGGGUCAUGUUGGGCGAGCGCAGCCAAGGUUCUCGAGAACGAGCUCACCCGUCUCCAAUCUUCGUGGCCGGAUCCUCUGAACACGAUGGAGGUCCGCGCCGACUUGGAGGCGCUGCUCUUCGUGAUGACCAAGCUCGGCGCGAAGUUCCCUCUUGUCGCCUAUCACUCCGCAAAAGUCCAAAGUUGCCUGGACGGUGAAUAGAGGAACCUAGCUUGUCACGGCCCUCUACGACUCUACCAUGCAAGGGGCCCGGUCCGUCGGCGGCCAUCAGGACCGCACGCCGCCCGACCCCUUUCCGAGGACAGUCAUGCACCCUCACGUUCGUCUACGAACUUUACGCUCUUUAUUGUUUAUCUUCGUUCAAGCUGUUGUACUGGCGCUGCAUGGCCGCCAUCUCCGCGCUUCGAGAGCACCCCUUUCGGACCGCGUCCACCCACUUCCUCGGACUUACCGCCCCCUCGCGGGCUUUCUACGACGGACUUGCCACAUUUUUCCCUUUCGGACCUGACUCCCACCGUGCCGGACUUUCGUACUUUUUGCCCCGGGCUGCCCCCAUCACCUCGCGCUCGCACGGACUACUACAAACAACUGUAUCUACCUACACGUGUCGUCAUCGGACUAAUCUCGACCCCCUCGGACCAGCGACCGCUACUACUUGCAUCACACUGUACUCUUAGACAAUCGUACCUCGCAGCUUUCACCGUUACCUUUCUUCUCCUUUCCCGCGGACGAUUCGGACUUAUUGCAGAAUUCGUAUAACUUGCGUACAGGUACAUUACGUAGUGUAGUUCUCCCCCCGUACGAUGUACGCCUCUAUCGCUAGUCGGUCUUGCUCGCUUGCUUUGCAUACACACCCCUCUCCCCCGCGCGUCGGCCUACGCCCGCCCCGGUCCCGCGGCUCCCAGCAGUCGCGGGCGCCCUCUUUUUAUCACGCCGUCCUGAGGACUCGGACUUCCUCCUUCACAUUCCUUUGAACAUUUUUUCACUUAUCCUUCCCCAUUCACCCCGCUCGUGCUGGCCAGUUUACGCUUUGCCGGACAUUUUUGAGACUCUCCCAGGGACUUUGUAGGCUGCUCCGCACACCGGACUCUCCGCUCGACGACUGCAUCCGCUAGGUAGCCACUUCGGACUAUCCCCCAUACGUAUACCCUACGUACGCCGAUGCCAAACAAACAGAAUGCACAACACCCACGGUGUACCACUCCCCAAGCCCCUGCCCACGCCACCCAGGCCCCAGUUCCCCCGGCCCUGCCUCUAGUGUGAGAGUUCAUUCCGCUCGGGUGCUUCGCUUCUCGGGCUCGAAGCACGUCACUGCGCGCGACCUUCGCGGCUGCGCCGCGGGCGGCGACAAUACACAUGCUGCUGCACGAGGCGGAUCUCAGAGCGUCCUUCCGUGUCAGACAAGCGUGCGGUCCCUGAGGCCGGAGGCUUUUGCAGUUGGCGUGCGUGUUCGAGAACGCGCGCCCGGGUCGCGCAGCAGCCGGCCAUAUGGACGUGCUUCGUGUGGGACGCGCGGGGCACCGCUUUGGCAGAGCGCCGCGGACGUGGGCGUGCUUCGCCACGCCUCGGGCGGCGGGAGCGGGGGCGGUCCGGGUGUGAGCGGCGGUGGGGAAGGCGUCGCGGCGGUGGGGAAGGCGUCGCGGCGGUUC